GGCGCCGACUGUACCGGAAGCACGUUCUACUGAUCGGGUCAAACCGAAGCCAGAUUUGGCAGCUUUAAUAUUCCCACGAGCUUGUUGUAAAUUCCCUUUCGAGAAACCCAUUCCAUUUCAACCCAAUAGGACUCCUGUGGGACUAGUGCCCCAAUGUAGAUUCUUUCGGUUCGCUCACUAUCCUGUGCAGAUUGAAAGCACAAAUGGGUCAUAUAAAAUGGAACAACACCCGCUAUCCCUUUUCAUUAAGGUCAAUCUCUGUCCUAUCCCUUUCACCAUGCGAGACCUCCCCAUCGAAAUCAUCAAUGCUGUCGUCGAGAAUGUCUCUUCCUUGACUGAUCUUCUUCAGUUACGCUCUUUAAACAAGGCGUAUCGAGAGCUCGUCACCCCCAUCGCAUUCACCAAACUUCACGUGAAAAACAGCAUCCAGAGUGCACAAAAUUUACAGCAGAUCAUCGCUGCCGCCAACCUUGCUCCUCAUGUUCGGGAAGUCGUUUAUGACUCUCGUGACAAUGAAUGUUUUCAAUUCCCCCCGGAAAACAUUGAAAUCGAGGAUAUGUUUGAAGUCGCUGAGCUUGAAGAAGCCUUGACCGAGGCUUUCUGCGCCCUCGAUUCAUUCCCCAGACUUGAACGCGUCGUCGCCAGUUUCUGGCCGACAUUUGUCUCCCAGUCUGGGAAGGAAAUCCACGAGAACCCGUUCUGGUUUACGAGCCGGCAGCUCACAGUUAUUCAUUCUAUAUAUCACGCCAUGAAGAAAUCUCGCAUGUCUUCCCUUUCUCUCAACAACGUGGUCAUGAUGCCCCCUUCAUGCUAUGACUUUGUCUCUACCCUCACAAACUCACCCCUGUCCCAUCUUUCGCUCUCUGUCGUGCCAAACGCCGAUAUUAGUGCCUGGUCGGGAUCAAAGGAGAUCAACGGAUCGCUUGGCGCAUUGUUGCCCCUUUCCAACGCCACACUCAAGUCGCUUGAGCUGCGCAGCCCCCAGGGGCCAUACCACAGCCUCGAAACCAAGCUUUCUUCAUUCCAUUAUCCGUCGCUCGAAUCGCUCGUACUCGAAAACAUUGUAUUUGAUCAGACACCCUCUCCUGAUGGCCUCGAAGAAUUUGUGAUCCGUCAAAAGAGUCGCUUGCGUCAUCUGGAGCUGCAAUCAUGCGCAAGCUAUGUAUCAAACCCAUCGACUGAUGCCAGGCUGUGGUCGAGCAUCUGGCAACGAUGGAUGGCUGAGCUCACGAGCUUGAGAGAGCUUGUGGUGGACGACGACAGUGGAUAUGUUGUGCUCGACGCUGACUGGGGCUACGUGACUUACAAGUCUGUCAGCACCACAGUAGUGGAGGACGACUCGUCGAGCUUGCAGAUGUUCCAGGAUGCAAUAGUAUCCACUUGUAGCAUAAACGUGUAGUUGUAUCAUUGAUGUAUUUGUUUCAUUUGGGCUGUUUCGGACAUGUAUACCAUUUGCAUAGGACCUACGAGCAACGUUUGAUUCCGCGGAAGUAAUCCUACGUUACGCCAGCAAGAAUGUACGUUUGAAGACUGUCUGAUUAUCUUUCCCAAGGCUGCGGCACUCCCACAGGACUUUUGUUUCAUCAAAAACGUGUUCUCAUCUCCGUUUCAUCUUUGUCAAAAAUAUGGAACUUUUCUUUCCUUUUUCUGACAUACGAG